AUGGAGCAGUUUACUUCGUUCUCUGGCCGGAAGAGGCAGUUGGCGGGCAAUACCGUGAGGAAGGCGGAUUUUGAUGAGAUUCCGACGAUUUCUCUGCGUGCCCCUGAAGAACGGAUUAUUGAGCAGUUGAGGGAUGCGUGUACGAGGGUUGGGUUCUUCUAUAUCAAGGAUCAUGAUGUGCCCCAAGGAACGAUCGAUCAAAUCUUCGCAACGGCGAAGGAGUUUUUCGAUCAGCCCCUUGAUACGAAAUCGGAAAUACAUUACAAGAAGUCGUCCAUCUUGAGGGGGUAUGAGCCCAUGGCUGAGGUCCGUACCGACGAAACGAAGAAGGCAGACUUGAAUGAAGCCUUCAACUGUGGGUAUGAGGCAGACCUGGACCCGACGCAAGAUAACGAAGCUCGGGAAGAGUCGAAAGAUGCUGCGAAUGAAACCCCAAUGCAAGGCCCGAACGCCUGGCCAUCGAUGCCUGGAUUCAAAGACAGCGUAGCUGCCUAUUAUGGCGAAGUCCUGACGCUGGCCAGACGCAUGGUGCGGCUGUUCGCAAAGGUCCUGGAGCUCCCGGCCGAUCACUUCGACAAAUCGGUCUCGAAACCAGGCGCCAUGCUCAGACUGCUCAAGUACCCAGUACAAGAUCCGUCCCAGCCAGACGCACUCGGGAUCGGCGCGCACACAGACAUCGAGGCCUUCACGAUACUCUGCCAAGGGUCUCAACCAGCACUACAGAUCCUCAACGCCGAAGGCCAAUGGAUCCAAGCGCCUCCCGUCCCAGGGACAUUCGUCGUGAACAUCGGGGACAUGCUGAGUCGCUGGUCCAACGACGUGUUUAUCUCGACGGUACACCGCGUGCAUGCGAGCUGCGAGCGCUACUCGAUUCCUUUCUUCUUUGGUCCGAGCUACGAUACCGUCUUGCAUCCUCUGCCGACUUGCGUCGGUGAGACGGGCGAGGCAGCGUACGAGCCAAUCGUCGCGGGGGACUAUGUCUGGCAGCGACUGGCGAGGUCGAGGCUUAGCAAGGAGGAGGCGGAGAGCAAGUCUUUCGUCCAGGCGCCCGCGGCGGCGGCGUGA